CUUUCUCCGAGCCCAAAUCCAGGGGGUUGACAUGGCACAUCACAAAUCGCAUCAUCUACCGACUUGACCCGACAACGGUGACCAGUGAAGUCUCGCCAGGAGAUGCUGGUCAAUCCGUUACCGCGAUGAAGACACGAAAGUGCUGCUGGACGUGUACAGCUCGUAAGAUUCAAUGCGAUGGAGCUCUGCCAACCUGCAUGAAAUGUGCCCGAUCCCAGCGAGAAUGCAAGGGGUACGAACUUCGAUUGUCGUGGCCGAGGCAAGGCGAUAAGAAACGAGCACUCAAGGGUAUUGAUGCACCGGCAGUGACGGCCAUGGGCACAUCCAACAGAAUUACUAUCAAUCCCUUUUUUAUAAACACAACUUCGCAUGACAUGGAAUUGUAUGGCUACUCCUCCCUACCGAACCAAGAAUGCUAUGCAACUCCGUCGUUCCCGAGGUUCCUGAGGCAGCCUCAACUUGGAGUCGGUCAUAUGGACCCAGACCUGUUUCAUCACUUCCAGAACUUUGCCUACAGGUCAUUAGUCACAUUUGGUCAAAAUACGGGGAAGAUUCGAAACGCACUGAUGAGCAUGGCAUUGGCACGAGACACAACUUCCGGUCUUGCGCUAUUCCAUGCUUUACUUGCCUAUGCUUCACUACACCGACACGGACUCAACGAGCAAGCUAUUAAGCUGAAAAUACAGGCGAUUCAUUAUCUGUCAGCCUCGGUGACGAGCGAGCACUUGAUCUUGCACGUCGGGAAAGCGGCCCAACAUGUAGCCGCAUCUAUGGUUCUGGGUGCUUUCGAGAUCAUGCAACCUUCGGAGGGCUCAGGCGAAUGGCUUUGGCACACAUGGGGUGCUGUGGACAUGAUUCACGCCACGCAACUCAAGGACGAACCAUACGACAGCGGCGUUGGCCAUUUGUUGAACUGGGCUUACUAUCAUGAAACCCAAUCUCGGUUCGCUUUGCAUCAUUGGCGCCACAAAUCCUUGAUUCCAUCGACGUCGAUUAAGCAGCAUUCAAGGCUGCAAGAUCUCCAGUACCCCCCUUUAACGAGGUACAGACCCAACAUACCCCCUGUGAACCCGACGUAUGCAAUUCUCAACCUGCUUUCCGAGGUUUGCGAUACCCUGGUGGACCCACGGGACCCCCGAAGUCAGAACGAAAGUUACCAAAAUCGACUAAAGGACCUUGGUGGAAGGGUGCGGGAUAUCUCCAUUAACACAGCUAUCCCAUCGACAGCAGACCCUGACGCCGCAUUCGCCGUGGAGCUGUACCAGAUGGCGACACAGAUAUAUCUCGUGCGGGCCUCGCAGAGCCCAUGGGAACCCCCUGCAAAUCUUGAUGCUCUGGUGGGGGCAGCUUUCGCGGGACCUGUUCAGUCAUGCACCUGCGAGCACUUCUUUCCUUUAUUGAUUCUUGCUUGUGAGGCACAAAGUGACGAACAGAGAAUUGGCAUCAUCAACUUAAUCGAGAGAACCCAAAGAGAUGUUCGGAUACGAAGUAUACAGGCGGUCAAGAAUACGAUACAGUCCAUUUGGGUUCAGCAGGAUUUACACAAGGAUGACGAUGUGUUGGUGGACUACCUUGGCAUUUUGAGUUCGGCCAUCAGCUCCAGCAACACGGUGCCCUCCUUUGCAUAGAUAAAGUAGUAGAAAGUAAAUGUGAUUGAACAAUGCUUAUUGGCU